AUGUCUCCGGCUUCGAGCGCGGCCACCGCCCCGCCGUGGGCCGACCUCCUGCCGGAGCUGUGCGAACUCGUCACGGAGCGUCUCGACCCCAUCAGCAUCCUCCGCUUCCCGGCCGUCUGCACGGGCUGGUCCGCGCCCUGCGAGGAGAAUCCUCGCCUGCGGCCGGGCGCGCCCGCGCUCCUCACGUCCGGACUGGACCCCGACGGCUGCGAGAUCGAGUCCAACGUCGACGCGGGCGCCUUCGGCCUCCAUGACGUGUCUGCCGGCGGCGGCAGCAAGUCCUUCCUCGGCGAGGCCGAGGGGCUGAAGGGCCGGACCUGGGUCGGCGGCAAGGACGGGUGGCUGGUGACCACGGACUGCGGCUGCGACGUCGAGCUCCUGAACCCAGUCACCAGCGCGCGGAUCCUCAAGGUCGCGCUAUGCCGGACGCCGGCGCACCCGGACGGCCACCUUGCCGUUGCUGUCUUCUCCGAAGGUCUGCUGGCGUUCACGGCGGCGGCCAGCGGCGGAGGCACAGGCGAGUGCCGCUGGACGGCGUUGAAGAACCCCGCGGCCGCCUCUCGGUCUGAUGUCUCGUACAUGGACGCCAUCGUCCUCGAUGGGAAGCUGUUCGCCGUGAACGAGCUCGGCCGCAUCUACUCCUGGGACCUGAACGGCGGAGCCACGACGGAGCCCGCGGUGGAGCAGGGACCGGAGAUUGAUGAGACCAGCCGCCAUGACCGACAUGUACAAAUACCAGGGCAGGUGCUGGGACAGUCGCGUAUGGAGCAGGUUGGUGUUCGACGACAGGAGGAGCUUCCUCGAGCUCGGCAUGUCGCUCCACGAGCUCGACGCCGGCAGCGGCACGUGGCGGCGCGUCACGGACCUCGGGGGAGAUCGCGCGCUCUUCCUGGGGCGAACUACCCGUUCUACGUCACCGUGCGGCGUGGGCGUGCGUCCGAGGAUGAGGCCGAUCUUGAGGCGGACUGCGUGUACCUCGCGGACACGCCCUACGGCUGCGACGCGGCCAUCUUUGACCUGAAGAAGGGGGAGGGAGGUGACGGUUACGUCAAGCAGCGCCUCGCGUACUCGCUCGUGGCUGACCCAUUGCAGAUGCCCAUGUGGUUCCUGCCAACGGACUACCCACACUAG